AUGCUGGAUUCAGUCACUGUCACCAUCACCACAAAGCAAAGGCUUAGCGACACAGAGUAUUUAGGCCAUCAUUUUGCUCCAGACCUUCAUGCUUCCUUCAAGCAUCUUCUUUCCAUACAAUUCCGGGAAGACCCUGUCUUCCAAGGACAGAAGGCAAUUCCGUUGCCAAUUGCCGCCGCAUUUCUCGCAGAAUAUCUCGAUUCACCAGGCCUGGCCUGUCUCGAUGCGCCCUUUGAGACGUUUCGACCCAACAUGCCAUUGAUCUCGCCGAGCUCCGGCGCUACAGGGGCUCAAGGGGCGCUUAUGGUCUUUCAGAACCCCGACUUUCAGCGAUUGAAUGUUUGGGAGCCAAGCAGUAAUGAGUGGACAGUCAUCAUCACUUAUUAGACAGGGCACAUAUUAUCAAAUGCGCGAGCGCGAGUUCCUGCUAGCUAGGACACGGAUGUGAUCAGAGGGGCAAUCUCUCAGUCUAGAGAGGGAAGAGGUACAAUUCGAAUUCCUGGUCCAGAUACCCAGGUCGUUGCGGUCAGUAAUGCAGGCUUGAGUGUGUUAGCAGCGUCCCUCAAGAUGAUCAUUUAGCUCAAGUAGAGUAUUGUUUGCUGUAUUGCUUUCUUUGACAAACCUCUCUAGCUUAUUGCGGGAAUGUUUUCGCAUUAAAUUGUAUUACGAUACUAUAGUUGCUUGAACUGCCUUAUAGUGCCUAAAAGAUCAGGAUGAGAGAUAGCUUGGACCUGUAUAAUAGUCCCGUUGGCGAGCACAAUCUCCAUGUUUGACCAUCAUUUCAGAACCCCUAGCAGAAGAAUUAAGCACUAUGAUAAAUUCACGAUGGAAAUGGUAGUUGAGGAUGAAGCAG